GUACAGUCAGAGAACAGUGUGUAAUUAGCGAGCUGUUUAUUGUAUUUUCACCCGAGGCUCUUUCUUUAACUUGAUUGGCAUUAAUAGCUUUCUGGCCUAAACCUUUUACAUUAACAUUAGCAUCAACACUGCAAAGUGACUCAGUAAUAUUCAGUAAGAAAACAAAGCAGAUAUACAUAUUGCGUCAUUACCAUUUCAGCCAAAUAUGGCUAGGUUUGGACAAACAGGAUUAGUCGUCCUUGGAAUUAUAGUCCUCUCUGUUCCUUUACUGUGCCAGGAUCUAGUUGAGGAGGAAGAACCUGAUUGGAAGCCGAUAAAUCUAUGUAACUCGGACAAUUGUAAACUGCCAUAUUGUAAUUGUGCAGGGACUAAAAUUCCUGGAAAACUCAGCCGUAAAGAGACGCCACAAAUGGUAAUGUUUACAUUUGACGAUGCUGUAAAUGCCCAAGUAUGGGGUCAUUUUAAGAAAUUGUUUCAUCCAAGUAGAAAGAACCCAAAUGGCUGCCCAAUUAGUAUCACGUUGUUUGUGUCCCAUAACUACACAGAUUAUUGUAUGGUCAACCGCAUGUGGGCACUCGGGCAUGAAAUUGCCAGCCAUAGCAUUACGCACAGGGUCCCCACAGAUUGGUGGUCGAAUGCUGAAUAUGAGGAUUGGGAAUUUGAGAUCUGGGGCCAGAAGAACAACUUAAUGAGGGACGCUAAGGUGCCCAUAAAAGAAAUACAAGGAAUGCGAAGCCCAUUCUUAGCUGUUGGAGGGGACAACCAAUUUAGUAUGCUUGAGAAAUUCAAUUUUAGCUAUGAUGCUACGAUUGUCGGAGGCCCAGCCAAUCUCGAGGACCCAACUCUUUGGCCGUACACACUGGACUUCAGUAUGGAAGAACAGGACCAGAAUUGUAAUAUACCUCCUUGUCCACAUAAACGUUACCCAGGGUUCUGGGAAAUUCCAGUCUUACGUACAAUGGACGUGGGCGGAAUUGAAUGUUCAUUUGUGGAUAAAUGUCUUAAUCGUCCAGGAGAUGCCGAGGAAAUGUACGAGUUCCUUUGGAUGAAUUUUCUCCGCAAUUACGAAACCAACCGCGCACCGUUUGGCUUGAACAUGCACGCCAUCUGGUUUUCCAGCUACAAGUACACAGUCGAUGGAUUCGAUAUGUUUAUCAAGAAACUCCUCCAGCUUGAUGACGUCUACAUCGUGACAUCAUCAGAUGCGAUCAAAUGGAUCCAGGAUCCUACACCACUUAGCAGAAUUCGUAAUUUCAAGCCGUGGUUGCGUUCGUGUAAGAGGCAGACCCCCGAUGAUUGCAAACUCCCAAAGGAGGUUGGGGAUUAUGACUGGGGAGGAGGCUGGGGGGACCUCAGUACACUAUGGAUCUGGGAAUACAUUAUCAUGUUUAUUUCAGCUGUUGUUCUUAUUAAGAGAGACAAUUUUGAUGAUGUUUAGACGAAUAGGAGUAAUUUGCCACUCGUAAAGUCAAAAUCCAUCUAGUCUCGCACUCAGAAGGCGCCUUUACAAUUGAUUUUGCGACAAGGCUCUGGCCACCGCUACUCUCUUCUUUCAAGUUCGGCAUGUUUAUGUGAGGAAUAGCCGAUAGGCUGAACGAGGGUUCGACACAAGAAUCUAUCAUGAUAAAAUCAGCAGAUCAUUUAUUAAAUUUCAUAGAAAGAAUCUUUAAAAAUAUGUUCUUCACAUUACAGUUAUGUAUUCUUGUAAAAAUAAUUCUUGUAUAUAGAUAGGAUGCUGUACCUCAACACAAGCAAUUGUAUAUACAUACAACUAAUAAAAUAUUUUUGUGAAAAACUAAACAUGUUUCUUCAAUAAUUCAAAAACAGUAUGUGGGCAAUAUAUAAAUAUACGUUGUCAUGGCAACGAACUAUGUGAUUUGUCCAUUGGGCUUAUUCUCCUCUUGAACAUGAAAGUCACAUUGUUUUGACAUCUUUUUUACUUGUGUAAAAAUUACUAAAUCUUUAGACUCCACCGAAGUUCAUGAAGACAUCUAAGCAUUUGUCGUCUGUUCCUCUGCCCUCAGUCCGCU